AUGGCCCCUGCGAGGAUGCGAGCCGUGCAGUACGACGGCUACGGCGAAGGCGCCGCGGGGCUCAAGGAUGUGCAAGUUCCUGUUCCUUCGGCGAAGAAGAAUGAGCUGUUGCUGAAGCUGGAAGCCGCAAGCAUCAAUCCAGUUGACUGGAAGAUGCAGAAAGGGAUGUUGAGGCCUCUGCUGCCUCGUAGGUUGCCCUAUAUCCCAGUGACUGAUGUGGCAGGAGUAGUAGUUGAUGUUGGUUCUGGAGUCGAUGGAUUCCAAGCUGGAGAUGAAGUCGUCGCCAUGUUGAACCCAUUCUCUGGAGGUGGAUUUGCAGAGUACGCGGUGGCAUCUGUAAAACUGACGGUCAAGAGGCCUCCCGGUGUGUCCGCUGCCGAAGGCGCCGGGCUGCCCAUCGCGGCCGGCACUGCGCUCCAGUCUCUUCGAUCAAUCGGCGCCAAGUUAGACGGCACUGGAAAGCCCCUGAACGUGCUGGUCACUGCCGCGUCCGGUGGCGUGGGACUCUACGCAGUGCAGCUCGCGAAGCUGGCGGGCCUCCACGUCACGGCCACCUGCGGCGCGCGGAACAUGGAGCUGGUGCGCAGCCUGGGCGCCGACGAGGUGCUCGACUACAAGACGGCCGAGGGAGCCAGCAUGCGGAGCCCGUCGGGGAGGAAGUACGACGGCGUCGUCCACUGCACGGUCGGUGUCGGCUGGUCGACGUUCGAGCCCCUGCUGAGCGCCACCGGGAAGCUGGUGGACAUCACCGCCAGCUUGUCGGCCUUUCUCAGGGCCGCCCUGCACUGGGUGACGUUCGCGAGGAAGCGGCUGGUGCCGCUGCUCCUGUGGCCCAACAAGGCGGACCUCGAGUUCCUGGUCGGGCUGGUGAAGGACGGCAAGCUCAAGACCGUGGUCGACUCGAGGUUCCCGCUGAGCGAGGCGAGCAAGGCGUGGGAGAAGAGCAUCGAUGGGCAUGCCACCGGCAAGAUCAUCGUUGAGAUGGAAGGCUGA